AUGAAUUUGCAGACCAACCGUAUAAAAUGGCUGCUUUGUCACCAGUUGCUGCUGAGGGGUAGCCCAAAGAACCGCAUUGUCACUGUGUCAACGUUCCUGGCAAACUUCAAAUGGGCAAAAAAGUUCAGAGCAAAAAUGAUCAUCUGGGCCGAACAAAACAGCCAAAACAUGGGCGGCUUAACUCCAGGGCAGAUCAGGAGCCAGACAGAGACAGAUGAGUUUUGGCCCAGUCUGGCAGUGGCAACACGCUUCAAGGAGGCUGUCAGGCGGAAUCCUGCCUAUGCGCAGAGGAGGCUGCCUGCUUUCACACCGCAGGAGCUCAACAGGGAGCUCGUGCACGUCAGGUGUCACUUCUGUCAGGAGCUGCAUGACAAGCUGCAGCUGUGCACGGGCUGCGAGAAGGCCAAGUAUUGCUCCAGGGACUGUCAGCAGAAGCACUGGGUGUCCAAGCACAGAAAUGAAUGCAAGGCAGCAGCAAAAGGCCGCUCGUAG